UGGUGACAUCUUGUGGUAUCUAAAUCAAAUGGAUUCUCUAUUGGGAGAAUGUCAUGUCGACUACCUGUAUUCAGGAACAGUAUCUGUAUUAGUCUACGACAACAACAAAAUAACUCAACUAGUGAUUAGAUUGAACGAAUCCGAAGGCCUAACAAUGGCUAAGUAAAUAUCUGAUACGUCUGAAAGUCACGCAAAAGAACACAGAAGAGGGACAUUUUGAAAAAGUUCAACCUGACGUCACGCCCAUAAGGACCCUUGGGGCGCUUCAGCAGGACGGAACGGGUUGGAACUUUCAGAUAGAAAUAUGAACAAAUAAUCCUCUCUAGGUCAUUAGGAAUCUAGCCUGGUCUCUAGACGUAACAUAGAAAAUGUCAAUCCGGGACAUUCAAAUUACUAUGACUAUUUUGCAGCUACUUUGCAACUACUUAGCAUGUUAGCUAACCAUUCCCCUAACCUUAACCCUUUUAGCUAACCCUUCCCCUAACCUAACUCAUAACCUUAACCACUGGCCAACAUUAGCCAGCUAGCUAACAUUAGCCCCAGCAAAUUAGAAUUCGUAACAUAUCACAUUUAGCAAAUUCGUAACAUAUUGUAUUUUUAGAAAAUUCAUAACAUAUAUCAUUUGAAUUGUAAUACGUAACAUAUCAUACCAUAUUGAUGUUGGAAAUCCAAAAAUGAAUACAUACCAUACGAAACGUAAUAUCAUUUAUUGAAUUUACGUACAGAAUAAUACGGAAUGCGCUGAGACCAGGUUGAGGAAUCACGUUGACUCUAUUCACAACAUUUAUAUAUGCAACGUUCGAAAACGUUUGGUGACUGAACGUGGCCUUGUUCAUUAUUCCGUGGGCGGGGAAAAGAGCACCUCGGCUACGGUGUAUUCAAGACAAAGGGAAGUCGCUUCAACAGGGAAGUAGUUUAACUUACUUCUUCUAGCCUAAGAGAAAUUGCUACUUCGAUCAAGAAAAGCUUAUUUGGAAGACGAUUAUUUACCUGGACGAAGGCUUUCACGGAAGAAAAAAAAACAAUGAAACAGGUGUGGAGCUAUGGUGUACUGUUCCUACUGCUCGCGGUACUGGUCCGCGGUCAGUUCGACGAAGAGAAACAAGGAUGCGCUUGGGAUGAGGACACCAACCCCGACCAAGGUCUUGACCCAAAAUCCCUUGAAGCUGGAGCCAGACAUUUGGCUCACUUGCCGGAGAUAUCAGACAGCAAGGGGUGUCAGGACUCGUGCUGCGGCAACCAGGACUGUCAGCUCGCUUUGAUUGGAACCCCAGCGGAUGGAACACCGGAGUGUUUUCUCGUCAGCUGCAUGAAAGAUGGAAAGGACGUCUGCGUGUUACAGUCCGAUACACAGUUCAAGGUCUACCGCAAAAAGACUCAGCCCAAGACUACAAAAGUCGAAGUUGACGCUCUUAGUGAAGCUGUUGUCCCCAGGGAAGUCAACUCAACAGCUGCCAGUUCUGAGGAUCCUGCCAGUUCUAAGGAUCUCCUUCCCAAGAUGACGUCAGAUGACUUUAUCGAGCUGUGCCAGGCCGGUCCAGAAACGGGGCCGUGCCGCGCCUCCCUUCGCCACUACUACUACGACAGCUCCACCGGCGCCUGCCAACCCUUCACCUACGGCGGCUGCCUUGGCAACAAGAACAACUAUGAUACCGCCGAGAGGUGCCUCGCCACCUGCACAGUGACCGUCAUCCCUGGCUCUAAGGGAAGGAAAGGGUCUGGUGCAAACACACCUACAGAUGACAAGCACAUUGAAUAUAAAGAUGCUUGCAUGGUGGCCUCUGACUCGGGCCCUUGCCGUGCUGCCUUCACUAUGUUCUACUUUGACCACAGCACUAGCUCCUGCCAGCAUUUCAUCUACGGUGGCUGCAAAGGAAACAACAACCGUUACCACACACUGGACGAAUGCAUGGCCCGGUGCACUGGAGAGGACGGCGAGCAUGGGCAACACAAUGGCCGUAACCGCAUGACACCAGCAUUCUUCCUGGUGGCUACCUUGGCAGUGAUUUCAGCCCUGAUCCUGGUGGGUCUGAUCCUCAUCACCAUCCGGCGCACCAGGCUUCAGCAUGACCAUCGCCGCCUCAGCGACAAGGAGGACCUGCUCCCCUACGAACAGCUGUCUGAGGAACAGCUGUCUGAGGAACAGCUGUCUGAGGAACAGCUGUCUGAGGAACAGCUGCCUGAGGAAGAGCUCCCCAAAGUGGCCACCGCACCAUAAGGAGGGAGCCCCCCCCUGCCAUGGAGACACUGUCGCCUUACUCCACUGUAACUUUCCAUUCUAAAUAUCACUGACCCAGAAUGCCUGCAUCUGCUGAUUUGUCAAGGGAUGUAUUCAUAUACAAUGGGAAAGUGUUAAUUGUGGCUUUUUGUCCGAAUAUCCACUGUACUAAUUACUUAGAUAAAUUGAACACCCGAGAGGUGUUUAGGUCAGGGUGUGACGUUUUAGUGAGUGUUUUAGACUGUGUGACAUUUUCAGAUCGUAGUGAAUUUCUGCUGCUGUCAUUUUUACUUUUGUUUAUUUAAAAGGCUGAAAUUUUGACGGGCAGUCUCCCGGUCACAGAUUAAGCCUAAUCCUGGCGUAAAACACAACCUCAGUGGAGAAUCUCCAUUUAAAAUGCUUUUUAGUCCAGGAUUAGGCACGUCAAUGUGUGUUUUAAACCCCUUUGUGACAGUUAAUGAACGAACUGCUAUACUCUGCACUCUUUUACCUGUGACAAGUUAUUUUGUACACCGAUAUUCAGUGGGAAAAUUGCCUUUUUAAAUCAAAAUAUAAUAAAGUAAAUUUUAAUGAAUUAAUACAAAUAUGUAAUGCAACAUGUUUUACUUACAAUUUAAAUCUUAAACGUGACAUGGAUGACAUAUUUUUCACGACUUACACUAAUACCAAACACUUACCUCCUCCAUAUUGAAUGUAAAUAUUCAGUGGCUUUAUUGUGGGCUUUGCUGUUCUACUUGUAAUUCAGCAGAGGGAUGGACGAUGUCAACAGUACGUCCUCUGUAUUAACUACUGAAUGCAUUUAAUAAAUAAAAUAUAUUGGUACUUUU